AUGGCAGGGCCUUCAGAUUAUGCAAAUUCCGCGCAAGAGUUACAAGUGCUCGAAUGUCUACACAGAGAUGGAUGGGUUGUAUUGAAGAAUGCUGCGAGCAUCAAAUCUCAACAGCAAGCGCCAUUCAACGAGGUUGUUCUUGCUCUUCUGUCUGCUGCACGGAGUGGGAGCAGCGACUUUGAGAGCAGUUACCCUGAGGUUUCAUGGCCAUCAAACCUACAAAAAGGCCCAAACCCAAUUCAGCGACCUCAAAACUGGAGGGGUAUGGUGCAAGAACGGGCAACGGAUAUAGUGGCGAUCUCCUGCCACCACUUUUGGGGUGACGAGACGGAUAUAUGGGACUGGGAAUAUGAUACGGGGCUGCGUGGCGAUGAGACCGGACAGAUGGCAUCUGUGGCUGCUACUGGUGGAGACUUUGGCUGGCUACCACGGAGGCUUCCGAAGCCGCGAGGCCAGACUGAUCUUGUCACUGUAAAGCAUCGAUGGAAGCACUUUGGUUGGACAACGCCUUCGAGAGGGCCUUGA